CCUGACCUUGGUUAUUGUGGAUGAGGUCUCUAGCACCUUGUUAGGACACUAGUGUCGUCAUAGGUUCCUCUCGCUGCCUCGCAAGCUCCCAGUUUGAUCCGUCGCGGAUUUGGGGGACCCGACUGGAGACAUAGCAUUGGCUCGAUUGUUGCGAUUCUGGAAUUCUUUAGGGCCUCCCUGUUUGCGAUACUGUCUCUAACAGCUUCUUACGACUACAAUUCAAAACUGUCAAGAUGAUGCUCGGAGGGACCAGACUGAGGGACAUGAUCCGGAAUGUCCGCGCGUGUAAGACAGCGGCGGAGGAGCGGGGGGUGAUCGCCAAGGAGUGCGCGAAUCUGCGGACGGCGUUCAAGGAGAACGACAUCGAGUACCGGCACCGCAACGUGGCGAAGCUGAUGUUCAUCCACAUGCUGGGCUACCCCACGCACUUCGGCCAGAUGGAGUGCCUCAAGCUCAUCGCCUCGCCCGGCUUCCCCGAGAAGCGCAUCGGGUACCUGGGGCUCAUGGUGCUGCUGGACGAGCGCCAGGAGGUGCUCAUGCUCGUCACCAACUCGCUCAAAAACGACCUGAACCACACGAACCAGUUCAUCUGCGGGCUGGCGCUGUGCGCGCUGGGCAACAUCUGCUCCAGCGAGAUGGCGCGCGACCUGGCGCCCGAGGUGGAGCGCCUGCUCAACAGCAACAACUCGUACAUCCGCAAGAAGGCGGCGCUGUGCUCGGUGCGCAUCAUCCGCAAGGUGCCGGACCUGGCGGAGUACCUGCUGGGGCCGGCGUCGGGGCUGCUGCAGGACAAGCACCACGGCGUGCUGCUCUCCGGCACCAAGCUCGCCAUCCAGCUCUGCGAGACACACCCCCCCGCCCUCGACUACUUCCGCAAGCAAGUGCCGACGCUGGUGCGCAUUCUGAAGAACCUGGUGGUCAGCGGGUACGCGCCCGAAUACGACGUGGGCGGCAUCACCGACCCCUUUCUGCAGAUCCGCGUGCUGCGCCUGCUGCGCCUGCUGGGCAAGGGCGACCCCGACGCCAGCGACAUCAUGAGCGACAUCCUGGCGCAGGUGGCGACCAACACGGAGGCGAACAAGAACACGGGCAACGCCAUUCUGUACGAGUGCGUGCACACCAUCUUCGGCGUGGAGGCCAUCGGCGGGCUGCGCGUGCUCGCCAUCAACAUCCUCGGCCGCUUCCUCGCCAACCGCGACAACAACAUCCGGUACGUGGCUUUGCACACGCUGAUCAAGGUGGUGGCCAUCGACACGCAGGCAGUGCAGCGGCACCGCAACACCAUCGUUGAAUGCGUCAAGGACUCGGACAUCUCGAUCCGGCGGCGCGCAUUGGAGCUGGUGUGUGCGCUGGUGAACGACGGCAACCUCAAGGCGCUCACGCGCGAGCUGCUGGACUACCUGCGGGCCGCUGACAGCGACUUCAAGGCCGACCUCACAGCCAAGAUCUGCGCCCUCGUGCAACGGCACGCCCCCAGCAAGCUGUACCACGUGGAGAUCAUGCUACGGGUCAUGGUGGAGGCAGGGGAGUACGUCACGGAUGACGUCAUCCGCUUCCUCGUCGUGCUCAUCAGCAACGCGCCUGAGCUGCAGGGCUUUGCCGUGCGCUCCUUCUUCCAGGCGCUGCGCUCCUGGCGCGGCCAGGAGAGUCUGGGCGUGGUGACGGUGUGGUGCCUGGGCGAGUACGGCGAGAUGCUCGUCAACAACACCGGGCUGCUGCAGGGCGAAACGCCCCUCCAAGUGGCGGAGGGCGAGGUGGUGCAGGUGCUGGAGAGCACCAUGAAGGACGCGCGCGCCACGCCCACCCUCAAGGCCUAUGUGCUCGUCGCCCUGCUCAAGCUCUCCUGCCGCUUUGCCUCCUGCUCCGAGCGCAUCAAGUGGCUGGAGGAGCAGCACCGCCACAGCCUCGUGUUGGAGCUGCAGCAGCGGUCGGUGGAGUUCAGCGCUGUGCUCGCCCGCCACGACAAGAUCAAGGCGACCCUAGCAGACAAGAUGCCAGCGCUGGACGAGGUGGCGUACCGCUCCCGGCGGGCGGACCUGGCGCCCGACGCAGCUGCCAGAGCAGCGGCGCCCACGGGGCAGCCGUCGGCCAACGGCGCCCUGGGCACAGCAGGGGCGCCCGGGGCGGUGCGUGCAGCAGCGGUGGCCCCAGCGCAGGCGCAGGUGCUGGCGGACCUGCUGGACCUCACGGCUGAUGACUCCGCCGCCGCUCCCACCACUGCUGCCGCUGUGCCCGCUGCCGCUGCUGGUGGGCUGCUGGACCUGCUUGGAGGGGUCAGUGCGCCUGCUGCUGCUGCUCCUGCUGCGCCUGCGCCAGGGGGAGCGGACCUGCUGCUGGACCUGCUCUCCCUGGGCGAUGCACCCGCACCCCCCGCUGCUGCUGCAGCGCCCGCACCCAUGGCUGCUGCUUCAGUGGACCCUCUAGCGGGCCUCAUGGGGGCGGCAGGGCCCACCCUCAUCACCCCCACGCCAGCACCCGCACCAUUCGCCCCGGCUGCAGCGGCUGUGGAUCCAUUCGGCAGCUUUGCUGCAGCGCCUGCAGCAGCGGCGGCGCCGUCGUUCCCAUCGAUAGUGGCGCUGGAGAGCCGCGGGCUGCGCAUCGCAUUUGACUUCAGCAAGGACCCUGGCGCGCCGCAGACCACCACCAUUGCCGCCACGUACACCAACUCCUCGCCCACUCCCCUCACUGACUUCGUCUUCCAGGCCGCUGUGCCCAAGUUCAUGCAGCUGCAGCUGGAGGCGGCGUCGGGGGCCGUGGUGCCGGCGGGCAACAGUGGCAGCGUGACACAGACAAUGAGGAUCACCAACACACUGCACGGGCAGAAGCCGCUGGUGAUGAAGCUGCGGGUGUCAUACAAGGUGGGCGGCGUGCAGGAUGUGUUGGAGCAAGGGCAGGUCAACAACUUCCCCCCGGGCUUGUAGCAUGCUGCCCCGUACGCAACACUGCGCAUUGCAUGCAUCCUGCACACCGUAUCGUUGCACACCAGAUAUGCCAGUAUGAGGUCGUAUUUUGAGCCGUUCUACUAUAGCACAAGGUGCUAGCGAUAGGCGGUUUGUGCAAGUCAUAAUAGAAGACAUUCUUUACUGAUGUUGUACAGCUGCUAGUAAUUCCACCAUAACUGGUUUCUCCUGUCAGCGGAC